AUAAACACGAGCAAGUAAGUGUAAACCAUUUAGAUGUAGUUACUUGAUUCGAUAAACUUCAGCUACUUGCCCAUUAGAUACAAUGGCAACUAUUAGCUCGAUUCUAUUUGCCUUUCUUUCCCUAGGAUUUCGAAAUUCAAUUGUGAUAAAUCCAUCAGAAGUUCAGCAGAGCCCUUCGAAAAACGAAAUCUUUCAUCAUGACAUCGAUAUGAACCACCAUUGUCCUCCAAAUGAAAUAUUAUCGGAAUGCAUAAAUCCUUGUAAUAACUGCGACCAGCAUGGUAUCUGUUUGGAUUAUGUCUAUCCCUGUACUCCAGGUUGUGAUUGUGUGAAUGGUUAUUUCAGAGAUGACACUGGAGCAUGUAUUGCAAAAGAAUAUUGCGAAGGUGACAAAAAGUAUUCUACCAAUAGAAAGCCUUCUGAAAAAUUAAUGACGUUGCCUUUGGACAAAAAAGAUCAGGGAAGUUUGCCAAAAAUUAACCUCGAUUCCCACGGAUGUCCAUCAAGAGGAACAAUUUGUGCUAUGUUUUGUCAAACAAUGUAUACUAAAAAUGGACACUGCAUCGGAUCUGACAAGAAGGAAUGCCAAUGUUACUGACAAGUGCCAAUUAAAAUAUUCUAAGUUGUCCUUAUCAUUAAAGUCGAACCAAAAUUGAUUGUAACAAAAUUAUAAUAAACUCAUUUGAAAUUGCGAA